GAAAUUUAUAAAGAUGAUACCAGAAUAAACACUAAGACUAUUGUCUAUGAAAUUUUUUUUUGUACUGAUUUCUUUCCUUUCCAACACAUAUCCUUUCUGCUGCAAAGAUGAAGAAUCAAUUGCUUUUGGCUAUUUUCCUUGUUGGGGCCAUCGCUUUACCAGAUACAAGCAGCAGGGAAGAAGAGAGACUCACUUUUAUAGACAACAGGCUUGAAUUGGUGUAUCCAGUGAUCCAGCGAUUCAAGUCACUCAUCACUCUCGACCCGUUUAAGGUAACACAGACAUGGAUAGGUUCAGACGUUUGCAGUUACAGAGGCUUCCACUGUGACAAUCCUCCGGAUAAUAAAACUGCAGUCACUGUAGCUUCCAUCGAUUUCAAUGGCUUCCAGCUCUUUGCUCCCUCCAUCGAAGGAUUCAUCGAUCUACUCCCAGACUUAGCUCUAUUUCAUGUAAAUUCGAACAACUUUGGUGGUACCGUCCCUUCGAAGAUCGUUAAUCUCAAGUAUCUCUAUGAGCUGGACAUCAGCAACAACAAAUUCACCGGUCAGUUUCCAACCGCGGUAGUUGACAUGCCCGGUUUGACAUUUCUUGACAUCCGUUUCAACUCGUUUUCCGGUUCAAUCCCACCACAAAUCUUUGGUCAGAACCUCGAUGUUCUCUUCAUUAAUGACAACACCUUUACUGCAAGCCUCCCGGAGAUACCUGGCGAUAGUCAUAUCCUUUUCUUAACUUUAGCAGACAAUAAGUUCAACGGUCCUCUCCCAAGAAGCAUCCUAAGAUCUAUGUCAACAUUAACCGAAGUACUCUUCUUGAAUAACGACUUUACGGGUUGCAUUCCUUACGAAAUUGGGUUGCUCAAAGGAGCAUCGAUUAUCGAUAUUGGUGGAAAUAAGCUCACAGGUUCUUUACCGCUUUCACUUAUGUGUCUAGAAAAGGUUAAGCAGCUCAACUUUGCUGGGAAUCUCUUAUUUGGGGCUAUCCCUGAGGCAGUGUGCAUGCUCCUCCGGGACAAUCUUGUCAACUUAUCUUUGUCUGAUAACUAUUUCACACACGUGGGGCCUUGGUGUAAGGUUUUGGUUGAUAGAGGUGUUCUUGACAUUAGGAGUAACUGUAUUCCUUUCUUCCCAGGACAAAGACCUAUUGAAGAAUGUGCGGAGUUCUUUGUCAAACAAAAGUACUACUGUCCUCACGCAUGGUUUCACAGUUUUCUUCCUUGUAAAUAUUCUCACAUACCUUCUUCCCCUUCUAGUGCUUUUAUGCCCAUGUUGGCUCCCUCACCUUGAUGUUCAUCAUCAUGUGUCAGCAUGUUUGAUCUCUUCUUUGUAAUGAAAAAAAAACGAAUUAUGUUUCCACCAACAGAAUCAUGGUAAUGAAAAGAAAACGAAUUAUGUUUCCACCAACAGAAUCAUGGUAA